GCAGCCAGAGAAACACACCAAGGCCCAGAUGUUAGACCGGGUGAUCUUGGAGCAGUUUCUGGCUGUCCUGCCCACGGAGAUGCAGCGUUGGGUGCAGGAGUGCCGAGCGGAGACCAGCUCCCAGGCGGUGGCCCUGGCCGAAGGCUUCCUCCUGAGCUGGGCAGAAGAGAAGGAGCAGGAAGAGCAUCAGGUUCUGAGGCCCUUCCUGGAGGUGGCCACUGUUUGUUCUAAGGAAAGGGUGGAUCCUGCAAAGCCCUCUCAGGAGCUGUGUUUCAGAGGGAUCUCCAAAGAGGAAGGUCAAUGUCAGGAUACCUCAUUAGGGAACAAAAUGGAGUCACUGUUAUUCAUAGGAUCAUCUCCUUGUACUGGUGGAGCUGAAACAGUGGCUGGACCUGCAGCUCAGGGUCCUGUGUUGUUUGAGGAGGUAGCCGUUCAUUUCACCAGUGAAGAGUGGUCGCUGCUGGAUUCCAAUGCCCAGGAAUAG